AUGAACUCAUGUGCCGUCUUCACAGUUGGAAAUAGUGAAACAGAGUCUUCGACUCUACACUACCUUUACAAGGAGGGAAAAAAUGUGACGGCAUCCUCUGAGGCAAGGAGAGAGCGAGAUCAGCUACUUGUAUACAUUGGAGGAUUUUCGGUACUUAACGAGCUCUCUGGCUCUUCAGCACAUAAGCAUACCAUAUUCAACAUAGAUUCAAAGACAGUUGGAAUAGCACGAAGAGACCAGACAUAUGUUGUGUUUAUUAAAGACCAGCGGGUGCCACCAGACGACAUAUUAGCCGCCUUGGACAUGGUUCUUCUUCUAAUAUAUGCACAUCUGCCGGAUUACCGGCCACCCUCUUUGCUGAACAGCUUAAACGACUCCACAACCUCUGCACUGAAUGCAUUCCUGUUUCGGUUCUUGGCCGAUUCUCCAUUUGCACUGGUUCUACUGCGCGACUGCCAUCAUAUUCCCCUUCCUAAGCAUCUCCUUACCCCCAUUUUAGCUUCUGCAACCCUACUAAGUCACAUGCGGACGGUACUGCACUCCAUAGGCGGUGCUUUGAUUAGAAAUGGGAGGACUGUAGUGAGCGAUUUGGGGCCUUUUCUGACUAACUUUGUCCUAAUUAAGUCUGCAGUCACUGUCUUUUCAGAUCUCCCCGUUGGCCAAGCAAUCCCAAGCCGCAACUAUGUGUCUCUGCAAAACCUCUUCUUCGACGAGUCCUUAGGGAACCUUUCUCUUGUUCGAGAUAGGAUUAGAAAACUGACUAACUCUGUUUUGCCAAAGGAUCUUGCUUCAACUGAGAGGCUUCAGAGUGACGGAUCAAAUCGGCCUGGGUCCGAUGACGACCUCAGCCUGAGUGUGUUAUCGGCGUCUUCAAGCAAUAGCUCUCUAGACGAAAUAGUUUUUCCGGUUCAGCUACUGCUCAUCAAGUGCAUUUUACAGCCUUCUGCGUCCACUACUCAAUUUGAUUCCCACAUCGUCCUUGCUCUUCUGUUUCCUAAGCAAACCCAAGUAGGUAUCAAUCAUGACUUCAUGGGGGGCCUUGUCCAUUCGCUUCUUCUCAUCUGUGCACGAUUGGUAGAUUGCACAUCAUAUAUACCUGUUUAUCCGCUUGCCACUAGCACAGCCGUUAACAUUCCCUUGGAGCGGACCAUUGAAGCGUUCGACCCAUUGCUGCCUGUCCCUGUUAAAGAGGCCCAGAUUUCCGCGAGCAAGACAAAACGAUCACUGAGUACGUACUCAAUGACAGAUGCUUCAUUAGCGGGUGUUCAGCAGUUUUCUUCUCAAGAAGUAUCAAUGGCUACUGGUGAUUCUGCGCCGCACUCUACCGUAUCUAUUUAUGGAGACAGGUCUGGUCGGUCCUAUGUGCUUAUGGAAAAGGUUAAUGAGGAUGGUGUUAUUCUGAAAAAGAAACCAUUAGAGCGCACUCUAUCUAUAAGCGACACUCUACUUACAGACAUGUAA